ACAUUAAUAAAUGAUCACAGACGCGUAAAUGUGGUCACGUGACAUUCCGCCUUGAGUCGCAGUGUGAACCGUCAUCUCUUCGUUCAGACAGCACGAGGACACGGAGCGCGUGCGUCAGAAGCACUUUAUCUUUAUAAGGACAUUUAAGAGGAAAGGGAACAUAAGUGAAGCCUCUGGGUCCAGUCCAGCUGCCACUUGUCACAAGACCGGAUGUGUCCGUCCCUAUGCAGAUACAAUGCACAAACUGCCAGCAACCGCUCCUCCAAUAACCAAUGAAACGGCGAGUGAAUGUGAGCUGCCGUACGACGCCGGCCGCCUGUUGCUGCUGAUGCUGUAUAGUGUGGUUCUGGUGGUUGGCCUUCCAGCGAACCUGCUGACCACCUACCUCACCUGGCUGCAGUUACGCAGGAAAAACGUGCUGGGCGUCUACCUGUGGAGCUUGUCCCUGUGUGACCUCACCUACCUGUUCACCCUGCCUCUGUGGGCGUACUACGUCAGUCAAAGUCACCAGUGGCCAUGGACCUCGGCCAGCUGCAAGCUAACGGGUUACAUAUUCUUCAACAACAUGUACAUCAGCAUCUUUCUGCUCUGCUGCAUAUCCUGCGACCGCUAUAUGGCUGUGGUCUACAGCCUGGAGUGCCGCGGUCUGCGGCGGCAACGCUUUGCCGUGCUCCUCACACUUGCCAUCGCCCUGACGGUUGCGCUCGGUCAUCUGCCUGUCUUCACUAUGAGUGAGGGCGACACUGCAGGAGGCAGCGGGCGCUGCUUCGAACCCAGUCAGAGCAGCCCCACUGUGACGGGUUUCAACUACGCCCGCUUCAUGGUCGGCUUCCUGAUUCCACUGCUGCUGCUGGUGGUGACCAACCACAGCAUUUUGUCCAAUGUGCAGUGUAGUGUGGGUCUGCGCUCGGAGCAGAAGAAACGAGUCCGCAGGUUGGCUGUGGCUGUUGUGGUCCUGUUCCUGGUCUGUUUUGCCCCGUACCACCUGCUCCUCCUGGUCAGGGCCAUCAUGUUCCAUUUCCCCCAGCUGGAGGACGGGACCUGUCUGUUCGAGAAGACUAUGUACACCCCCUACACCAUCUGCCUCGGCCUGUCCACGGUCAACAGCGCCAUCAACCCCAUCCUCUACGUUCUGUCCAGUGACAACAUUCGCAAAGAGCUGCACCGAGGACUGAGACAGGUUUGCAAUCAAACAUAUCCAAGGCAGCAAUCUAACAGCAGCCAGAACAAGAUCAAGCCCAGCAAGAGCUCUUUAGCAAUCAAACCUGAAAUUCCAAAAGGAGAGAAACCAGAUGGGACCUGAAGGACUCUGCUCUGAAUGCUGCAUGGAGUCUGUGCCAGUAUCCUUCAGGGACAAUGCUGGUCUCUAUUGCCAAUUAGGGGCCAGGAUUGUGUGUGUGUGUGUGUGUGGGGUGUGGGGUGGGGGGGGCAAACUGACUCUUUAAGGGUCAGGAAUGAGUCCAGACUAAAAGCUAGAGGUGUCUGUCUGUGUCUGACCCACUUCCAGCUCUGCACUGAUUGGCUCCACUGUCUCCAGUCUCCUUCAGACACUCUGACUGGAUGACUCCCUCUUUAAUAAUUCAUGAACAUGUCAGACAUAAGCGACGGUGUAAUGCAUUAGAUAAGGUUGAGGAGGAAGGGUUGGAAUUUUCUUCUGCAUGAGUUUUACAAUAUAUUGAACAUGCAAUAGAACCACAAGCUCACCUGCCCAGGUGUCACCACACAUUAAGGCACCUGUUCAGGUGUGACCAUCAGAGACACAGACUGACUUUCUUCAGGCUUAUUUAUUGUGUUUGGCUGCAGGUUCAUAAUUACAAAGACUCUGUAAAUGAUGAUUCUGGAGGAAGAAAAGAAGUGGUGUUCAGUAGUGACUCCACUUCACCUCCAUCUGUAGUCAAACUGGUGGUGGUAGGAGGGGGGCACCAGAAAGGUGUCACUAACACAAAAAUCAAAGAUUAUUUUUCUCCUACAACAACAAGAUGGUAAUGUGCAAUUUUAUCAAAAACAUUAAAGUUAUUUCAGUUUUUUGCCCCCA